AUCUCCUUGAUCUGAAUAAGAAAUAAUGGACUGAAGAGGAACGUUGUGCCGACUGUAUGGAAAGGACACAGUACUCUGUCGUCAUAGUAAUGUUAAGAGCGAGUCGGGCAAACGAAAUGCCGGCAAUAUUAACGAAUUGCAAAGAAAAUGCAGCGGCGGUUGUGCCGUGGCGGCGGUUCCCGCGGCAGAGGCAGCGGCGGAACUCGGUGGAGCCAUGCGUGCAGUGCCGGGCGUUGGCUGCGGGCGCCGCUGUUCACCGUGGAGGAGAGGAAGGAGCGGAGCGCUGCCGGCAGCCCCGCCCGCUGCGGCCCGGCUCGCUCGCUCGCUCUGUCUCUGUGUCGGCGUCCGGGCAGACUGCGAGCGGCCCCGCGGUGCAAAGCGGUGCUGCAGCGAGGCAGAGGGGCGGCGGGAGAGGUCGGCAGCGGACGCCGAGCCGGAACCGGAGCAGAAGCAGAAAGAGAAGUGUCAGAAGAAGUGGGAGUGGGAGCGGCGCGGCAGCGGCGAGCGUGAGGUGUCGGCGGUGGUGCGGUGUCGGCGGGGCCGUGCAGGAGAUGUGCUUGGCGAGAGAAGGGCGCUGGAGCCGGAGGCAGCGGGCGCUGCUGUGCUGCGUGUUGGUGGCGGCGUGGGAGGCGGCGUGGGGGCAGCUGCGCUACUCGGUGCCCGAGGAGCUGCCCAAGGGCUCGUUCGUGGGCGACGUGGCCAAGGACCUGGCGCUGGAGCUGGCGGCGCUGGGCGCCCGCGGCGCCCGAGUGGUGUCCCAAGGCAGGGCGCAGUAUUUCGCUCUGCAUGCGAGCAGCGGCCACUUGGUGACGGCCGAGAGGAUCGACAGGGAGCAGCUGUGCCGGCUGCUGGAGAAAUGCGUGCUGCGCUGUGAGCUGAUCGUGGAGGGCGAGAUGAAGGUUUAUGCAAUCGAAGUAGAAAUCACGGACAUUAACGACAACGCGCCGAGUUUCAAAGAGUUGCAGGUGGAGGAGAGAAUGAAUGAGAUGACAGCCCCGGGGACUCGAUUUCCCCUGAGUAAAGCCUACGACCCGGACGUGGGUGUGAAUUCCCUGCAGAGCUACGCGCUGAGCGGCGACGAGCACUUCUCGCUAAAGUUUGUGGUGCAGAGGCAGCGGCGGCGCUCGGUGGAGCCGUGCGUGCAGUGCCGGGCGUUGGCUGCGGGCGCCGCUGUUCACCGUGGAGGAGAGGAAGGAGCGGAGCGCUGCAGGCAGCCCCGCCCGCUGCGGCCCGGCUCGCUCGCUCGCUCUGUGUCGGCGUCUGUACGGGCUGUGAGUGGCCCCGCGGAGCGGAGCGGUGCUGCAGGGAGGCUGAAGGGCAGCGGGAGAGGUGGCGGAGGGGCCGUGCGGGAGAUGCGCUUGGCGAGAGAAGGGCGCUGGGGCCGGAGGCAGCGGGCGCUGCUGUGCUGCGUGUUGGUGGCGGCGUGGGAGGCGGUGUGGGGGCAGCUGCGCUACUCGGUGCCCGAGGAGCUGCCCAAGGGCUCGUUCGUGGGCGACGUGGCCAAGGACCUGGCGCUGGAGCUGGCGGCGCUGGGCGCCAGCGGCGCCCGAGUGGUGUCCCAAGGCAGGGCGCAGUAUUUCGCUCUGCAUGCGAGCAGCGGCCACUUGGUGACGGCCGAGAGGAUCGACAGGGAGCAGCUGUGCGAGAGCGAAUCCGAAUGCGUGCUGCACUGUGAGCUGAUCGUGGAGGGCGAGAUGAAGGUUUAUGCUAUAACAGUAGAGAUCAUGGACAUAAAUGAUAACAUCCCCACCUUCAAGAAGUUGGAGCUCGAGGAGAAAAUCAGUGAAAUAACUACACCGGGGACGCGAUUUCCUUUACCCAAGGCUCACGAUCCGGACGUGGGUGUGAAUUCCCUGCAGAGCUACACGCUGAGCGGCGACGAGCACUUCUCGCUGUCGGUGCAGGCGGGAGCCGACGGCGAGAAGCGUCCCGAGCUGGUGCUGGCCAAGGCGCUGGACCGGGAGGAGGCGGCGUUUCACGAGCUGCUGCUGAGGGCGAGCGACGGCGGCGAGCCGGCGCGGACGGGCACGGCGCGCAUCCGCGUGGCUGUGCUGGACGCCAACGACAACGCGCCCGCGUUCAGCCAGGCGGUGUACACGGUGCGAGUGCCCGAGGACGUGCCCGUGGGCUCCACGCUUCUCAGCGUCACCGCCACCGAUCCCGACGACGGAACAAACGGCGACGUACUAUAUUCAUUUCCAGAGAUUUCAGAUAAAGCUUCGAAUAUAUUCCAUCUUGACGAGCAGUAUGAACAAGACCUAUAUCGUCUCAAUCGACUCGAGAAGGACCGGGUGAAAAGGAAAGUAAAAGACUAUUACGAAAUUGCUGAGGGAGUGCAGCGUGCGGCUGUUGUACGGUGGCGAUGGUUCCCGCGGCAGAGGCAGCGGCGGCGGUCGGUGGAGCCGUGCGUGCAGUGCCGGGCGUUGGCUGCGGGCGCCGCUGUUCACCGCGGAGGAGAGGAAGGAGCGGAGCGCUGCAGGCAGCCCCGCCCGCUGCGGCCCGGCUCGCUCGCUCGCUCUGUCUCUGUGUCGGCGUCCGGGCGGACUGCGAGCGGCCCCGCGGUGCGGAGCGGUGCUGCAGCGAGUCGGAGGGGCGGCGGGAGCGGUCGGCAGCGGGCGCCGAGCCGGAACCGGAGCAGAAGCAGAAAGAGAAGUAUCAGAAGAAGUGGGAGUGGGAGCGGCGCGGCAGCGGCGAUCGUGAGGUGUCGGCGGUGGUGCGGUGUCGGCGGGGCCGUGCGGGAGAUGUUCUUGGCGAGAGAAGGGCGCUGGGGCCGGAGGCAGCGGGCGCUGCUGUGCUGCGUGUUGGUGGCGGCGUGGGAGGCGGCGUGGGGGCAGCUGCGCUACUCGGUGCCCGAGGAGCUGCCCAAGGGCUCGUUCGUGGGCGACGUGGCCAAGGACCUGGCGCUGGAGCUGUCGGCGCAGGGCGCCCGCGGCGCCCGAGUGUUGUCCCAAGGCAGGGCGCAGUAUUUCGCUCUGCAUGCGAGCAGCGGCCACUUGGUGACGGCCGAGAGGAUCGACAGGGAGCAGCUGUGCGAGAGCGAAUCCGAAUGCGUGCUGCGCUGUGAGCUGAUCGUGGAGGGCGAGAUGAAGGUUUAUGCAAUCGAAGUGGAAAUCACGGACAUUAACGACAAUACGCCGAGCUUCGAAGAAUCAGAAAAAGAACUGAGAAUUAUUGAAAUUACAGCUAUAGGGUCGCGUUUUCUACUAGCUGAGGCUCACGACCCGGACGUGGGUUUGAAUUCCCUGCAGAGCUACGCGCUGAGCGGCGACGAGCACUUCUCGCUGUCGGUGCAGGCGGGAGCCGACGGCGAGAAGCGUCCCGAGCUGGUGCUGGCCAAGGCGCUGGACCGGGAGGAGGCGGCGUUUCACGAGCUGCUGCUGAGGGCGAGUGACGGCGGCGAGCCGGCGCGGACGGGCACGGCGCGCAUCCGCGUGGCUGUGCUGGACGCCAACGACAACGCGCCCGCGUUCAGCCAGGCGGUGUACACGGUGCGAGUGCCCGAGGACGUGCCCGUGGGCUCCACGCUGCUCAGCGUCACCGCCACCGAUCCCGACGACGGAGCCAACGGCGAAGUGAAGUAUUCGCUGAGAAAACUAACAAAAGUAGCAACGAAAUUCUUCCACCUGGAACCUGAUACCGGAGCGAUCAGGCUGGUGAAGAAUCUGGAUUACGAGGAAGGAGAUUCAUACGAACUCGAAGUACAGGCACGAGACGGAGGGGAACUAUUCGAUACGGCGAAGGUGUCGAUCUCG